CCAGCUCGCAUUCACAAGAGAUGGACUCUGUGGUCUGUGGAAUGAAAUGGUUAAAGAUGGAGAAAUUGUGUACACUGGGACAGAGUUAACCCAGGAUCAAGAACUCCCUUCUAGGAAGGAUGAUGGUGCUGAUACUCAGAAUGGAACCAAGAAAGAAGAUCUUACUGACAAAGAGAAGAAGGAGGAGGAAGAGAUGUCUGCACCCGUGUAUAAAGUCAAAUCAAUCCUGGAGAGUUGGGUGUGGGGCAAGCAACCAGGGUAUUUAUUUCUUUUAUCUUGUCUUCAAUGCCUGAGAUUCUAUCUUUCAUCCACUCUGUUGGUCCUACUUGUGACAGUGUUGAGGAGGACAUGAGUGCUUCUGCCCGGGGAGCCUCUGCUUCAGUGUUGGAGGAAACAAGGAAGGAAACCGCUCCUGUUCAGCUCCCUGUUUCAGGGCCAGAACUGGCUGCUAUGAUGAAGAUUUGAACCAGGGUCAUGAGAGGCGUGGACUGGAAGUGGGGUGACCAGGAUGGGCCUCCGCCAGGCUUAGGCCGUGUAAUUGGUGAGCUGGGAGAGGAUGGCUGGAUCAGGGUCCAGUGGGACACGGGCAGCACUAACUCAUACAGGAUGGGUAAAGAAGGAAAGUAUGACCUCAAGCUGGUGGAGUUGCCAGUGUCAUCACAGCCCUCUGCAGAGGAUUCAGACACAGAAGAUGACUCAGAAGCUGAACCAGGAGACAGGAGCAUCCACCCCACAGCGAUGAUGCUGACCAGAAUUAUUAACUUACUGCAGACUCUGUGUCUGUCCGUCGGUGUCCACGCUGAUGUCAUGCAGAGCGAGGCCACCAAGACUUUGUGUGGACGGCUGAGAAUGGAGGUGGAAAGCAGAACAACAAAUGAGCUAUCUCCUCCAGACAGACUGGUGUGCAGGGAGCAGCACCGGAGCUGGUGUACACUGGGCUUCGUCCGGAGCAUCGCACUCAGCCCGCAGGCCUGUGGGGCCCUCAGCUCCCCAAAGUGGAUCACGCUGCUCAUGAAGAUUGUGGAGGGGCAUGCGCCCUUCACUGCCGCCUCCCUGCAGAGGCAGAUCUUAGCUGUCCGUUUACUACAAGCAGUUCUUCCGUCAUGGGACAAGAUGGAAAGGGCACGGGACAUGAAGUGUCUGGUGGAAAAGCUGUUUGGCUUCCUGGGCAGCUUGCUCACUACUUGUUCUUCUGAUGUCCCAUUCCUUAGAGAAUCCACAUUGAGGAAGCGGAGGGCACGACCGCAGGCUUCCUUGACUGCCACUCACAGCAGCACUCUGGCUGAGGAGGUGGUGGGGCUGCUCCGCACUCUGCACUCGCUCACCCAGUGGAACGGCCUCAUCAACAAAUACAUUAACUCCCAGCUCUGCUCCGUCACACACAGCUGCUCUGGGAAGACUCCAGAAAGGGCCCUGCUGGAGGACUACUUCCCAGACUCUGAGAACCUGGAAGUGGGGGGCCUCAGGGCAGUGCUGGCUGUGAUUGGAGGGAUCGAUGGCCGGCUGCGCCUGGGAAGCCAGGUCAUGCAUGAUGAGUUUGGAGAGGGCACAGUGACUCGCAUCACCCCGAAGGGCAGAAUCACUGUGCAGUUCUGUGACAUGCGCAUGUGCCGAGUUUGCCCGUUGAAUCAGCUCAAACCGGGUUUCUUCAUCAGCAACUCUUUGAAGGAUUUUGUGCCCUUUCUUCAGCUCCCUGUUGUGGCCUUUAGCCUAAACAACCUGCCUUUCACGGAGCCUAUGCUUUCUGUCUGGGCUGAGUUGGUGAACCUUGCUGGAAGCAAAUUGGAAAAGCACAAAACAAAGAAAUCAGCAAAACAGGCCUUUGCAGGACAAGUAGACUUGGACCUGCUACGCAGCCAGCAGCUGAAGCUGUACAUCCUGAAAGCAGGGCGGGCGCUGCUUUCCCACCAAGACAAACUAAGACAGUAUCUACUGUCUCAGCCCGGGACUCUACAUGCAGAUGAUGGAGCAGCUGCAUCCCCUGACCUCGGGGACAUGUCACCUGAAGGGCCACAGCCUCCGAUGAUCCUCCUGCAGCAGUUAUUGUCCUCAGCCACCCAGCCAUCUCCUGUGAAAGCCAUAUUUGAUAAACAGGAACUUGAGGCUGCUGCCUUGGCCCUCUGUCCGUGCUUGGCUGUGGAAUCCACACCCCCUUCCAGUGCAGGCUGUGAAGACUGCAGCUCCAGUGAGGCCACCACCCCAGUCUCUGUACAGCACAUCCAUCUUGCCAGGGCGAAAAAGCGCAGGCAGUCGCCAGCGCCUGCUCUGCCUAUUGUGUGCAGCUCAUGGAAAUGGGAUUUCCUAGGAAGAAUAUAGAGUUUGCUCUGAAGUCGCUCUCCGGCACAUCUGGGAAUGCAUCUGGUUUGCCUGGUGUGGAAGCCUUGGUUGGGUGGCUACUAGACCACUCUGAUGUCCAGGUUACAGAGUUCUCGGAUGCGGACACAGUAUCUGACGAGUAUUCAGACGAGGAGGUGGUGGAAGAUGUGGACGAUACCCCAUACCCUGUGGCUGCUGGUGCUGUUGUGACUGAGAGCCAGACUUACAAGAAGCGUGCUGACUUCCUGAGUAACGAUGACUACGCUGUGUAUGUGAG